CUGUCCCUCCCCUCCUGUCUGACAGCGGCCCGCGAGGGAGGAGAGAGGAGGAGGAGGAGGCAGCGGCGGGUGCCAGCGCUCAGCUACUCUCCCGUACUCACUGCGGGGAGGUGGGGGAGGGCGGACCCUGUGCACCUUUUCCUCCCGUGCCUUCCCUCACUUUAACGAGCCGGGGCCAAUCGCCGGCAGGAGGGAACAAAGAGAAAGAGAGAGGGAAGCCCACCCCGGCAGCGGCCGCACCAGAAAACGCUUGGGAAGGCAGAGCUCCGCGGCUCCCGCUGACAGCAGCGCCCGGCUCCGCUGCUGCUGCUGCUCCUGCUUCUCCUUCGUCCUCCUCGCUGAGUUUAAAAGGGGAACAGCAUCCGCCAGAAGGACAGAAACUUGGUGCGCGGGGUGUCCUGCAGCGGCUCAGUUCUGGCCAUCAAGAUGAAAAGUAAAAAAGGUGUAGUUGCAGUAUCAGGCAGUGAAACAGAGGAUGAUGACACUAUGGAUGUCCCACUGGAUCUUUCGUCAUCUGCUGGCUCGGGCAAACGGAGGAGACGUGGAAACCUGCCCAAGGAAUCCGUGCAGAUUCUUCGGGACUGGCUAUAUGAGCAUCGAUACAAUGCUUAUCCUUCAGAGCAAGAAAAAGCGCUGUUAUCCCGACAAACACACCUUUCCACACUACAGGUCUGCAACUGGUUUAUCAAUGCACGCCGCAGGCUUCUACCUGACAUGCUGAGGAAGGACGGCAAAGACCCAAAUCAAUUCACUAUCUCGCGGCGAGGGACCAAGCUUCCCGAGAGUAGCCUAGUGGAGUCUUCCAUUGGCACAAAGAACUACAUUCCCCUGCUGGAGGAGACUGCUUUCCUUCCUGCUGCUGUACCACUCGGAAAGACUGUGCCCUUGGCCAAGCCGGCUUCCCCGGGAUCAGUCCUGGCUCGGCCAUCAGUGAUUUGCCACACAACUGUGACUGCGUUGAAAGAUGGCCCUCUCCACUUUUGCCAGCCAGCUGAUGCAGGCCAGACAACAGACCCGCAGCAGACCCCAGCCAACAGCUUCACAGACAACUCCCUCUCCUACCAUGAGGACGCAUCUAAACUGGGACCUGGUGCAAACGCACAGAGUGGGCUCUUUAACACUCCUCCUCCAACCCCACCAGACCUUAACCAGGAUUUUAGUGGAUUUCAGCUACUGGUGGAUGUUGCACUCAAAAGGGCGGCAGAGAUGGAGUUGCAGGCAAAACUUAUGGCCUAAAUCCCCUUCCUUCUUCCCCAUUUUGUUUUUUUCCAGGCAGGGAUCUAACAGCUGUGUGGUUAUUGCCACCCACACGAUAUCAAAAGACUUCACUGCAUUAUUAUUAUUUUUUUUUAUUAAUCUUAUUUGCACAAGGGAUUGCUGAAAUGAAGCUUCCUGUCACUGAGAUGGUCUUCAGUGGAAUAUGGUCAUUCCAAGAAUUAUAAACUUCAAGCUACUGUAGAAAGAAAGGAUUGUGUGGGUUUUUUUUUUAAUGUUUUCUUUGUAGGUUUUUCAUAAUGUGAGAUGGUUCCCAAGAUCAUGUGAUUUGUUUUUGUUUCUUUCAGACUGUGCAAUAUCCAGUAAUGCUAUAGAGUCGUCUUAUCAUCCCGAUGCGGAACAGAAUAUACUGACACACUGUCUAAAAUAAAUUUUCAAUUUUUUUAACAAUACAAACUUUGGAUGAUUAUGCUUUUUUCCCAUAAUGUAAUAAAAUA